AUGAAUAUGAUGACACUUCGUCUUCGUUCAUUUCAACUAAGUUACAUAUCACUUGCCGAACUUUUUAUAUAUCUUUCAUCAAUAUAUAUGCCUUUACUUGAAAAAUUAACAUUAAUUGAUGUUUAUGAUAAUAGUAAGUCUAACAACCUGAUGUUAUCUAGAUAAAUAGUUAAUAAUAUUUCAGUUUUUAUGAAUUUUUUCUCUAAUCUGCUUUUUUUAUUGAUACUAAUUAAAAAUAUAAAAGAAAUCGACUACGGAAAUUAAAAUUUUAUCUCAUGAGGAAAUCUCUUCAGGUGAUAAAAAGCUUUUGAGCUCAAAAUUCUUUCACAAGAAGAGAUGUAUAAACUAAGAAAAAUCCUAAGAGGAUAUAAGUAUAAGUUACGAUUUGAUGAAAAUCUUCACUUUUUACUAUAAUUUUGUUUUGGAGCGUUUCACUGUUCCGACAAAAUCUCAAUCAGACCAGCUUGCCUACAAAGUUUUUGAAAUUUGGAUUAAAUUAUCUUCGAGAUACCAGUAUGUGAACAAGAAGACGCUUAUUAUAACGGGUGCGGCAGAAUAAAUGGCGGUCUCAGUAUUUUGAUUAUAACUUUUUUUCUUUUUGAUCUUUAUAAUUGGUUGUUUUGCCAAAAGAUGCGUCGCGAAAUUCUCUACGAAACCCUAAAUAAACGUAUUUCUGUAGAAAGUUAAGAGAAAAAAAGGAAUGAAUAUUAUUCAAAGCA